AUGGAGGGAUGUCGUCCAAGUUCAUUUCCAAUCGAUCAAAAUCUUAAACUUGAUUUGGAUAAAGAGGGUAGCAAAGUGGAUGCCGGUUCCUAUCGUCGUCUUGUUGGACGACUUCUUUAUCUUCAGGCUACUCGACCCGAUAUAGCAUACGCUGUCAAUAUCUUGAGUCAGUUUGUUUCAGAUCCUCGUCAAAGUCAUAUGGAUGCUGCUAUACGAGUUCUUUGUUAUAAAGCAACUCCGGGUCAGGGAAUUCUUCUAACAAAGGAAGAAAGUACUGACUUGGUUGCAUAUGCCGAUUCGGAUUGGCUUGGUUGUCCCCUUACUAGACGAUCUCGGACAGGUUAUCUUAUCCUUCUUGGUGGUGCUCCUAUUUCAUGGAAAACUAAAAAGCAGUCUGUUGUAUCGUGUUCUUCUGCUGACGCCGAAUAUCGAGCUAUGGCUUUAAUUGUUAAGUCCAAGGAAAUUUGUCCAUUGGCUAUCGAUAGCAAACUACAACUUGCUGAUCUUCUCACGAAGGGUCUUGGUGCAGCUCAGCUUCGAUUCCUACUUGACAAGCUGGGUGCUCUUGAUUUACACACUCUGGCUUGA